AUGCAGACGCAGAGGCGGGAGGCUCCCCAGUCCUAUGUCCCCGGGAGGACCCUCGAAGUGGACUUCCCGCCACCUCUCUCCAGUGAUGACUACCUGUCCCUGGAGGGGCCCCGCUGGACACCAGCCAUCAAGCAGGCAGUGCGCUGGAAGUACACACCCAUGGGACGUGACGCUGCUGGCCAGACAUGGUACACCGGCCUAACCAACUCGGACCCCCGUGAAGCCUGGUACACGCUCCCACGGGCUCUGGACAGCCCCUACCGGGAGGCUUAUGCCCUCUGGCAUGGAUGCCAUAACCACCGGAAGCACAGCAUGCCCUCAGCCCAAGCCCAGCACCUCCGGGAGACUGCCUGGUAUGACCCCAUGCUGCCCGCUCAGUACAGGGCCCCCAGCACGCGGUGGGGGGCCAUGCUGUGGGCAGACAGACCCAUCUCGGGCAAAGAAUAUGUGGUCAACAGGCACCAAUACGGGGUGGAGCCUCCGGGGCAGGUGUCAGACUACGUGCCCUACCUGUCAGCAACGCAGCGUCCGCGCUACACAGCCCAGAACUACCGGCAGUGGGACCUGGAACCCUACUGCCCAUCCACUGGCCAGCGGGCCUCACCCAUCUACAUGCCCACCAUCUGAUAAAGACUGUCCCUGUGGGGGACACUGUGCCUCUCCGCCGGGGUCUGUCUACAUCUGGGGACUGGGCUCUGGCCGGCCAACACCUCAGCGACCAGAGUAGGGACCCUACUGCCCUCCUCGUCCCAGGCCCCAGGAAGACAGCUGAGGCCAGCCUUCCUGUGAGCUCUUCAUUCACUGCCAGCAGCGCCUGGAGACCCGAGCUGGCCAGGGGUGAGGGGGAGCUGAGUUCAGGGCAGCCCCGUACAACAUAGCAAGGGCACCCCAAGUCACCCAUUCAAGUGAGGCUUAGGCACCCCCAAACCGAUGAGGACCCAUGGGCUCCUGACACCAGAAGGCCUAGCUAUGUCUCACCCCAGUGGAGAUGGGCCGGGGGGGUCCAGCCCCUCUUGUCCUCACCCACCCUCCCUGCAGCCAGGCAGGAGGCGGCAGGGAUCUGAGGAGCAGGGCCUAGAAUGUGCACAGUUGCAGCUCAUUUGCAUAGAGCAGGAGGCCAUAUGGGAGUGUCAGGGUUGAGCUCCAGGGACUCCUGCAAGAGAGGGGGGUUUAGUGAGCAUGGGGCCUGCCCCAGUCCUCCCACCCAUGGCCAGGUUGGGAAUAGAGGGGAGUGUCUGCAACUCACAGCUCCGCAGGCGGAUGGGCCAGAUGAGGAUGCUGCACAGAGAGAGGGCAGCCGCCACCCCGACACCGCCUGUCACGGCCACCAUUGCCCAGUGGUAGAAGCCUGCGCAGGCCCCGCAGCAGAGCUCCGAGCUGGGAAGGGGGGACAGAGCAGGUGAGCAGACAUUUGCGGGGACCCUCGAGUCAGGGCCUCUGACUGCCCACCUCAGCUACAGGCCGCCCUGUCUUUCCCAGCAUUCAGGCCAGAACCUGGAGUCACCCCCGACCACCUUUCUUCCUCCCACACGACCCUUCAGCCGAUACUACCAGCAAUGCCUUCAGAGUCUAUCCCAGUUCUUCCCACUAAUCCCCUUCCUCCUCCUGGUCCAGCGCAUCACCACCCACCUGGACCAGCCCUCACCUUCCACACACCGUCCUUCUGGAGGCAGCCACAAGAGGGCGCCUCUAAGCCCCUGAGCCAGGGCUCCCAAACUCCCUUGGGGUAAAAGCCCAAGUCCUCCACAGGCUCUGUAAGACCUGCCACAAACCUCUCCCCGCUGGCUCUCCCCUUCCCUCCCUCUGCUCCAGCCACGGCCUCCACUGUGCUCUCCCCGCGCACCAGGCCCGGGCCUGCUCCAGCCUCUGCACUGGCUAUUCCUUCCCAUUUGCCUAGACCGCUCUGAUAUCCACCAGGUCUCAGGACCGAUGUCACCUCCUCAAGGAAGUCCUCCCUGACCUGCGCCCGUCAGCCUCCGUAUGUGGUGGCCUUCAUCCCCCUGACCCCUGGUCUGGAUCACACAUUUAUUCCUGUGAUUAACAUGGUGCAUAUUACCCCCAACUCCAUGACGACAAAAGACCAGGCUAGUUCUGGUUCCCAGAUCCUGGGCUUCUGUAAGGCGAGAACUCAGUGGUCUAGAUUCGUCUAGGACUGAAAUCCCAGGCUGAGGGUCUGAGUGACACAGAGCCUGGCUCCCCUGUAGCACUGCCCACUCACAUUCCCACAAUGCCCUAGGCAUGAAGCACUGCCCGCACACGCUAGCACUGCCCGCCUUCGCCACAUGAACUACAAACGAGUCACACUCACGAGCAGGGGUACAGGCUCUGGAUGGCCAUGACUGCCAGCCCGUUGGCUACCUUAUCCGAGAAGCUCAUGGCGCCGUACACGAAGGCUCCGCUGUGCUGGGAGGACACAGGCAGGGAGGUUAGCGGCCUGGGCCUGGGCCUGGGGCCCCCACCAGCCUGCCCACCAGCCCUACCGUGUGGGGGCCGAUGAGGUCCGCUGUCAUGGCCAGUGAGGUGACAAGGAUGGUGGCACAGCCCGUGCCCAACAGCACAGCUGCUCCGUAGACAGCUACACCCAGCCCAUCUGCCAAUGCCACCCAGGCCGCAAAGGCCAGGAUCACCAGAAGGCCCACGAAGUAAGUCAUCUGCAGGAGAGACCGGCAUCAGGCCCGCCUCGCUGUGCAGCUCCCAGCCUGGCGCUUGCCCUCUCUGGUCUUCAGCACCACCUUAGACCCUAACCCCAGAAAGGGAGGGGGCCAAGUUGGACCAUCCCUAAGGAGCCCCCAGCUCUGACCUCACCCAGGAGCUGACAGUCUAGGGACAGGUGGCUAUUUACAUCGUUAUGUGCAAAUCUAUUAAAAUUAAAUAAAAUGGCCCAGCUAGCAUGGCUCAACGGUUGAGCACUGACCUAUGAACCAGGAGGUCACAGUAUGAUUCCUGAUCAUGGCACAUGCCCGGGUUAUGGGCUCAAUCCCCAGUGCAGAAGGUGCAGGAGGCAGACAGUCAAUGACUCAUCAUUGAUGUUUCUCUCUCCCUUCUCUGAAGUCAAUAAUACAUUUUAAAAAAUUUUAAUAAAACAUUCAGUUCUUCCAUCAUGCCUGCCACAUUUCAAUACUAAAUAGCCACCCUA